AUAGAUACAGCAAAUCGUACUUACACCAUGGGAAAAUCUGGUAAAGGUAAAGGAGGAAAGAACAGAAGAAGAGGAAAGAACGACAACUCGGGACAAAAGAGAGAAUUGAUCUACAAGGAAGAGUCCCAAGAAUAUGCCCAAAUUACCAAGAUGUUAGGUAACGGUAGACUAGAGGUCAGUUGUUUUGAUGGUAUCAAGAGAAUGGGCCACAUUAGAGGUAAGUUGAGAAAGAAGGUAUGGAUGGGCCAAGGUGAUAUUAUCUUGGUUUGUUUGAGGGAAUUUCAAGACGAAACCUGUGAUGUUGUUCACAAGUACAACUCAGACGAGGCUAGAACCUUAAAGAAUGUGGGAGAAUUACCAGAAAACGCAAAGAUCAAUGAAACCGAUACUUUUGGAGGAGACGAAGACGAAGACGUCAACUUCGAGUUCGGGGCUGAAGAUUCGGAAGAAGAGGGAGCUGAUGAAUUGGACAUUGACGACAUCUAAUUAGAACAUCUACCUGCUGCAUUAUAUAGGGUUUUCUUCUGUCGAAGAGUGUAUUUUAAACAACGAAAUAUAUAUUUAUG